GGAACGAUCUGACUUGGAACGAUGUCAACGAUCUGACCAUGGAACGAAAUGACCGGUUACCGUCAUGCAGACUAGCAGACAGUGGAAAGUGACACCUUUUGUACGGAAGAGUAUUCGGAAAAAUCACCAUUGUCGUCUGAAAUUCAUUGUUACGUUAAAAAUAGAAAAGGUUUGCAUGUGAGGUUUUUACUUCAGGGGCAACUCCAAAACUAGUUCGUAAACGAGGGAAGGUGUAUCUGUCGUCUAAGCAUCAGAGCACAGGCGAUUUAGGUGGAAUGAGAUAUCCAAAUAGGCUUCUAAGUAAGAAUUUGUCUCUCUGUACAUGUAAUUAUCCAUUUUAUAGUGCUUAAAACAGUUUGAAUCACCGGUUUAAUUUUGGCCAAUUUAACUGAGCUUUGUGCUGAUAUAGAGAAGAAUCCAGGACCUUCAGUUUAUGUAGAUGCUACAAAAAACAAUUAAUGCUCCACACUGUCAAGGAAAUGUUACAGGAUUUGGGGAGAAUGGUGGACAAAGAUGUGUCGCAAUGAGUCUGUGCGCUUUAAUUUACAGUAAGAUAACAAAGGUUACUUCAGUUGAUGAGAUGACUCAAAUAAUGAUUGUUGGUAUUCAGUUAUGGUCUAGUCUGUCACUGCUUGCAAGACAAUCUAUGUUAAUGUUAACAGAAUUGCCAGGAAUGGUUACAGUGUUUGAGCAAUUUUUCCACCUUGAAUACAGUGACAGUUAUACUUGUAACACCCAUCACUACUGUAUAUGCCACUCACAGGUUACAGCAUUUGAAACACUCUUGGCACUGAAAUACAACUCAUUCAUUUUAACGGUGGUAAUUAUUGGGGUUGGUAUCUACGGCACUGAGGCUGGGGGAAUAUAAUGUAUUUGAUUCUCAUGCUAGAGAUAUGUAUCAUAACAGUCAAGUGAAGGGACAUGUGUAUUGUUGGAAAUACCAUCCAUGCAUAAAUUAGUACAAUAUUUUCAGACUCUACAUAGGAAUGAGGAUAUUUGUGAACUUAAAGGUGUACAUAUUGCCACCUUUGAACCUCAUCUUUUCUCAAGCAAUGUUGAAA